ACUUGUUCUGUAAUUAUAUUUGAUACUGAAUAGCCCCAGAUUGUCAAACGGGUUGUUGUCUACAUUGCAGUCAGGCCAAAACUCAAAACUGAGGCAGACCAAAGGCUGCUUGAGGAGGGAAAUGAAAUGCAGUAAGUUCUACAUUACAUCGUAGGUCUGUCAGUGUAGAGUGCACUUUUUUUGGUGGCACACGUUUACAGUGAAGAAAAUAAGUAUUUGAUCUGCUGAUUUUGUAAGUUUAAACUCAUACAAAGACAGGACCAAACCAUAUUUGUAUAAUUUUUUUAAAUACAUUAUUUUGUAAUUGAUUUAAUUAAAAAAGUAUUUGAUCACCCACCAAACAACAACAAUUGUGACCCCACAGACUGGUAAUGUGCUCAUGAAGCACACAAAUUAGUUCUCUCCCUACAGCAAAAAGCCUAGAGAGUUAGAGACCUUUGUUAUUGUUGGAAUCUGAAAAUGGAAGAACUACAUGGUACGAGUCACUGUCGCUCUGGAUUUCCAUGCAAAAUCUCACCCUGUGAGGAAUGAAUAAUUCUGACAUCAGGGAUCGGCCCAGAAUACAAUGGAGGAGCUGGUUAAUGAUCUAACAUGAUCUAAAUUGCUGAAUAUGACACCAAUAACGGCAUCCCUACUGUCAAGCAUGGCGAUGCAAACAUUUUUGUAUUGGGGCUGUUGCUCUGCUAAGGGUACAAGAGGACUUCCCAAGGCUGAUGAACAGGGCCAUGCUCCGUGGAAUCUUGGAUGAGAACCUUCUGACCUUAGCCAAAACAUUGAAGAUGGGUCGUGGAUUGGUCUUCCAGCAUAGCAAUGACCCAAAACAUACGGACAGGGAAAUGAAGGAGCGGCUCAAGAAGUGCAUUAAAAUCCUGUAAUGGUCUACCUAAUCUCAAGUCUGUUAUCCAUAGAACAUCUGUGGCGUAAUCUUAAAGGUACCAAGUCACAGCCUCAAAACCUUCAGGAUUUAAAUGUAUCUGUAAGGAGUAAAGAGACAAACUUCCUCCAACCGUGGUGACCAAUAACAAACAUCGGGCCUCCGUGCUUUGCAAAUCAAGAAUUUCUCCCCAUGUACUAAAUCAGGUUUUAUUAGGGGAUCAAAUACUUACUCCCCUCAAAUACAAAUUAAUUUUUAACCUUCAUUUAAUGGUUUAAAAAAUACAUUUUGUCUCUCUCUGUUCGAAUAAACCUAGCAUUAAAAAAAAAUCAGGACGUGUCUUUGUAAGGGAGUAAACUUUAAUAAAUGAGCAGGGGAUCAAAUAAUUAUUUCCCCACUGUAUAUACAAUAUAGAUAUAUAGUAGAUGAAGUUGGGUCCAGUUUAAAUAUUUACCACACCCUGGUGUUUGAGUGGUCAAUUGAAUGUAGAGAAAAGGGUGUGUUCACCCCCCCCCCCCAUAUACUGUAUCAGAAUUUGUACAUAAAAGAUUUAAACCCACUCUCUUUUACAAGUCUUAUUUUACAAAUCCAUUUGUCUUGUAAAGCAUUAUUUAUAGCUUGUUUGUGAAUUUGUCUUUUCUUAGUGUGUGUGUGUGUGUGUGUGUUAUAAUCUAUGAACAAGGGUCAAACCCUUAUAGUUAUUGUACUUAUUUCUAUUAAGGGUACAGUAUGUUCCAACUAUCAUGGGAUCAGGUGACGAUUGUGACAUUUCAGAAAGUUUAUGGACAAGUGAAUACAGCAUUUUAAAAUAGUCACUAAUUUUACUGCAGUUGUGCUAAACACUAUUCACAAUUCGCCUUUCAGGGAAAGGUCCCUUUCAUGGAAAACCGAGCACUUGCAGUCACUGUCCCAUUACAAAGUGGUUAUACAUGUUUUUCGUUUGUUUUGGUAUAUAUGACAGAAAACCACAAAGUAAUGAUUUUGUCUGAAAUUAUUUUGUAUGAAGCUCACCAUCGCUGCGUUCAGUCAAGUUUAUCCUGGAAAUGCAAUUUCCCAUUAGUUGUUGAGUGCGUUGUGACCACUGAACUCUACUACUGGAAGGGGCGUCCCUGCUGACCGCAUGAAGCCAUUGGUCGGCCAUCUUGCUUCACCCAAAAAAGCACACACGCAUAGACAUACAUGUAUCUUCAUUCACUACAUUUAUGUUUCGGUAUAAAAAUUAACACGAAUUAACAAAAAUUCAAUUGAAACAGUAAAUUUACUAGACCCAAAUCUUAAAAUUUCCCUCAAGUUUAAGGUUUUUCCUACCUCUAUGGUGUGAAAUUACAAUGCACAACAACUCAAUUUCAGUGUUCAUAAGGUAUUUGUUAUGAUAAGGAUCUACGUAGUAUCAAAGUUUAAUGCAACGCAUACCUUUAGAAGAUGAUCAGGAAAGUCAGUUUUACAAAAAGUAAUUAAAUGGGACUAAAAAUAUUUGAAAACAUUUUUAAGAGAAGUAGAUUACUCUUUUUGUCAUUCAUAAACAUUGAUUACAGCGCAAGAAUUUUCUGUUACAAAAAAAAAUCCAAAGUAGUUCUUGCCUCACCAGCCAUGGACCUCACCGCACGUCACUUUUCUCCAGAUACUCUUUACACCAUCUGUAUUUUAUCAGCGGUUCCAUGACUGUGGAUAUUUCUACGUAGAUUAUUGUAACACAAAUACUGCAUAUAAAUAAUAAAACAGUGAUUCUUGUAUUUUAACGCUGAAGUGACACGGUAAACUUAGGCUUAUCACUUAAUUAUUGUGCUCAUUUGUAAGUCUAUUUGCAAUGACAUGGCUAAAAAAAAUAUAGAUUCCUGUUUCAAUUCGUUUGGUUCCAUUUCAUAGCGGUUUCAUUUAAACAAAUGAGGUCCUGACUGAUGUCACUUCCGCUGGAGCGUCACACUUGCGUUGCCGUAGCAUUUCCGCUGCGAAUUAGUUCCGUGUAACACGGUCAGGCAGAAAACUCCAAAUUAUGUACAGACUGGUUCACUAAUUAGGGGUGUAAGGGAUGACUACAGCAAUAAUUUCGCUUUUGAAUGUUCUCACGAAGCCUAUUGGUGAGGUAUCUGGGCGUGAUGCAACGUCCUCAAAGGAGGAGGCGUUUCAAGCAGCACUGCUGACCAACAGAGAUGCUCUCCUGGAGCAGCUGUACAAUGACAGCAGCUUAAAGGAUGUGAGGAGGCUUAGAGAGGAUGUGAUGACAGGGGCAAGCUGGUUUUUAAAUGACACAGAGGAUGUGAUGUGGGGCUUUGUCCAGGAGUGUCUUCUUAUGCUCCUCACCUUAGCACGCCACCUUUCCGUUGAACUUGAGCUUUUCAAGCUGACACCUACCUCUACAGCCAGACUACACACCCCUGAGAUGGCUCCACCGUUACCCCCAGAUGUCCUCAGUGUCACCCAGCAGAAAACACUUGGCUCAGCGCUUCAGUUUGUGGUUUCCCUGGGGCUCUGCCCAUACUUGGCUCCUGGAGUGGGUGUACCACUUGGUCACAGGUCAGCAUUUGGUGCAAUGGUGGAGAAAAUGGUUUGUGGUCAAACAUCUUGUGUGGCGCAUCACCGGCUUCUAACCACAACCAAUGUAUUGUUGCACUUGGCUGAACUGUCAUCUCUUGCCACAUUGGUAUUCACCCGGCACCUUGGAGAUGUGAUGGCAGCGCUCUGUCAGCUUGGUUACCAGCCACAACAGUCUGAGGGUAGCACCUCAAAGGAUGUUAAGGACCUCAGUGAAGAGGAACGUGGAAACUGCCAGGAGGCUCUCAGACAUCUAUUGGGAAAAGUCUAUCAGCCAGUUGUCAUCAAGGAGCUCCUUAUCUUACAAGGUGGAACCAAACAGCCCGGUCCAGUAGGAAGGUCCAAUGCUUCCAAAGACAGGACAGCUUCCAGCUGGCUGAGGAGACUAUGUGGUCAUUUGCUUUCUGAGCGUUUGAUGCAGCCGAAUGGGGUUCGAGCUGUAGUUAGAGCCAUCCUAGAGGGAGGAACAGGGGGUGAGUCAGACUGGAAGAAAUGUGAUGGUAUAGCCAGGAUCCUGGCAGCAUGCCCCCAGCAGUCUGCUUCAGCAGACACUUACUAUAAGCAAAUCUGUUCUCAGAUCCUUGAGCUCCUUCACCUUAAAGACAAGCUCACAGCGCAACAGUUUCAGCGUGUGGCCACCAGCACGACUCUGUACUUGGUGCAAGAGAAGCCCAAUUAUGCUCAGCUAUACUUGCUGGUUCCUCUGUUGGCUCCUCUCCACCACUGCAUCACUGCUGCUGAUAUUAACUGCCAAGUUGUUGUGGAGGAAUGGGAACUGAUGCAAUGUGUGGAGGACAUCAACAAGAUCUGGGUGGUGGGAAACAGGUCGUCUGCUCUCCUCCUCAAAGCGUUAGAAGAGGUUCUUCCUGUUGUCUUCACACUCUACUGUUUCACCAAGCAGAAUGUCUCCAACCUACGAACGCCAUGUUGUGAAAUUUUGCUCUGGUAUCUGAGCCACACAGAGGCUUCAGCAGCCCUAUCAGUACUCAGGCAACUGUCAGGUCUUCAGGUGCAUGCUGAUGUUGCAGCAGGCUUCCAUUUCACUCCUGGCAGCAGUGGUGGUGUCCAACUCAGUUGCAGAGACGGCUGCAGUGAUGAAGACAACACACUAUAUGAGAAGCUGUCUGGGGAGCAGUGGCGGCUGGAGUGUCUAAUGCACCUGUUAUCUCAACUCAAAGACAAUGAUCUGCCAGGAGACUUCUUCCUGGACUUGUUACAGGAAUUAACCAGGUGGACGACAGCAGAUGCUGAAGAAGAGGAGGAAGACGGACAGCAGUUAGACAUAUCGGCAAUGACACUCCUGGAGGUGGAGCAGCAGCAUGGCCGUGUCACAAGGCAAGGCCACAUGCUGGCUUUGCUUCAGGUUCUGGCUGUAAUGGUGGAAUCCCUGCAGCAUACUGUACUGAUGAGAAAAAACAUUCAGGUGGUUGGAUUUAUAGUAUCUCUGCUUCAGAGGGCUUGCGUGGGUCUGGAUCAGGCCAAUGGUCUCAGUAUUGGAAAUCCGAUAGAGAGCCAAACACUGACUAUGGGGAUCGGCCUGUUGGCUACUCUGCUCUCUGAACCCCAGCUCACUGUGGAGGUCUACUCCUCUAUGUCAAGACUGCUCCAGCCACUAGGGACUCUAUCCCAGAAACACCCAGAUGUGCUCAUCCAAGAGCUAGCCUCAAACUUAAGAGCUGUCAUUGCUACCCAGGGUGCUUACCGACCAGAUAACCUCUCAAACAUUGCUGCUCCAGGCACCAAAGACAGUGAGAUGUCACCCAAGAGCUAUGUACCCUGUAAGAACCAAAACAAAGUAACAAAGGAAUCUCAGACUUGUCCUCAUACACCUUUGUUGGUCAACAACAAUCAUGUAAAUUCCCAUAUUAGACAACCAGCAUCCUUUCAGGGCUCAGUGACAAGUGAAACUUCACUUCCCUCUAAGGGCUUUUCAGAUUGGCUUCUUGAGGCAUGUGACCCUGACAUUCCAACUAAAGCAUUUGCUCUAAGGACUUUGACCCAAAAGGUGCAAAGCAAAGACCCAGAGACUCUACAUGACCUGGAGAAAGUACUUAUUCUCUUCCUUGAAAACCUGGAAAAUGAGGACUCCUUCAUCUACCUGUCAGCUAUUCAAGGCCUUGCUUCAUUGGCUGAUUCCUACCCUGAGAGGAUCCUGGAAAGACUCCUAAGAGACUUUCAAGAUGGUCCUUCACACUCUACCACCAACACGGAUCACUCCUUGGAGUUUCGCCUAAAAAUUGGCGAAGUCCUAAUGAGGGCAAGCAGAGCUAUGGGUGAUUUAGCGCCCCACUUGGGUCAUCCCCUGGUGACUGCGUUCCUGAGAGGAACCAGAGACUCUGACCAAAGUGUCCGUGCCAGCAGUCUGUCCAACCUGGGGGAACUCUGCCAGAGAUUGGACUAUGCUCUCGGUCCACUGGCUCAAGAGCUGAGCUCCUGUCUGACGGCUCUGAUAAAGACCGAGAAGGAGGCAGAGGUGAGGCGAGCUGCUGUUCAUGUUAUUACAGUGCUGAUCCAAGGCCUUCGUCACAAGACCACUCAGGUCCUCAGUGAUGUUUUGUUGGACCUGUACCGAGCUCUAAAGUGGGUGGUUCGCUCCGACCCAGAUGAGGUUGCGGUACUCCAUGCCCAGCUCGCUCUGGAGGAGCUAGACGGCGUUAUGAGAAGCCUCAUCUUCCCGAAGCAAACGUUGGAGAAGAAGAUUGUUGUCCUGCCUUAAAAAAUUUUUUUCUGCACUUCUAGCACUGUUUUUGCCUCUCAUUUAUACAUGAGUGCAGUAGACUGUAACCUGGUAGAAAUGUAAAUGUAAUGUAUUGCAAUAUACCUUUGUUUGUUUGCAAUGAAUUGCAAUGAAUUUGUCUCACUCCCAUUUCUUCUUUUGCAUUUUCAAGCUCUACUUAGAACCUCAUUAAGAUCCAACAGUGCAAAAUGUAAUUUCUUGCAAUUUCACAACAUCAAAUUUGGAUGAGCAGUGCAUAUAUAGUAUGUUAUUAUGUGCAGUAUGUUGUGUGUGCAUCAUAAGUGUCAACAUUUCAACUUUUUCUCUUUGUAUUGUGCCUUUGUACACUAUUUCUCCCAUGUUUUUUUUUGUUUUAUUUUAUUUCUACAAUUUUCCACAGGCCAAUAAAAAAUGAAAUGUAGGCCACAACUGCCCCCGGGCUGCACUUUGGACACCACUGGGAUAAAGCACACAAAAAAUAAGUCAUCUUUUGCCACUUUGCGUUUCAAACAUCGCUCCCUCACUCUAUUGCGGUUUUUCAAAAAUGAAUUAAUAAAUGAGCUCCGUUUCAUUGUUGACUAUGGCCUAUUGUUAGUCAAAAAUAUUGAAAGACAAGUCAUAUGUGGUAUUCUGGCCACUAGGUGUCAGUAAUGUUACAUUCAUGAGACAGAUUACACUAUAUUAACUUGCACUGCAAGAAGUGGUACAUUUUUUAUUUCUUACUUUGAUCUUCCCUGCUGAGUUUCAAACACUUUAUGUUGAGAACAAAUAAAUUAGAGGCUAACUACUUAGCUUGCUAUAUGCUAUGAGCGGCGGUCGUCUCUUAUGUCCCUGCGGAAAUCCCGUAGCCUGCGCAAUGGAGUUGCACAAUGUGGUGGAAACAAAGAUAGCAGUAGUGCUAAUCAAGUGUUGUAUGCCGUGCAAUCAACCCACAUUAUGUUCACAACACAACACGGAACUUUCAAUGCUAACGUGUGAGUAAUGUCUUAUCUCUUUUUAUAUCUACUAUAUUAGGUAAUGCGAGUACAGGGGUGUUAUUUCAUGCCUGCAUGGCUCAAAUAAUGGUAAAAACCAUAUUUAGGUCAUAAACAGGUUUUCUAUACUCAACACCAAAAAUAUCCAAGCUGUACACUGACUACUCUAAAUUAUAUCCAAGAUUCAUCUCUCUAGCUGGUGUGAUCAUGAAAUCCUGGGGGGUCUAUUUCAUGCUUAAGUAGAGGGUGACAGCACUGCACUAAAUAAACAUACCCAAAUGACUUUUGGGGUUUGAAGCGGCUCAUGAGACAUUCCUUCUUUUGUCCUUCAUCAUCCCUCUCAUCCAUCCAGUGAAUGAAGCGCGACCUCGCCCCUUCUCCCUCGCAGGGCAAACAUGGCAGGCUCCAGCCUCGUUUCCAUGGAUUUGCUCCUCAACACCGACUCAAGGCUUUACUGCAGGCAGGCGCUUUACAAAUGAGCGCUGGCAGAUUUAGUCUUCUAUAAAAUAUCACCAAACCAGGUCCUUAAAUCAAAGCGGUGUUCACACUGGGGGUUAGGUAUUGUUCUGCUGAAAUGACUCACUUGGUUUCGUGCUACAGCUGACCAAAUCUCCAGAUAUACAGCUACACUCAAAAUGACUCAAACCCAUUUGAAAUGUGGAAAUGUCCAACCAAUUAACAAAAGAAUAUUAUAUGUGUUGAGCUAUUUAAAUUGUUUUGGUUUUGUUGGUUGAUUGCAAGCUAUUGCAACUGAAUCCAGUUUACAAUGAAGGUUGACUCAUUUUGAGUGCAACUGUAGAGAGUGAGACAUGCCAAAGUUCCAAUUUAGUUAGUGCGGAAGGGUUUCCUCUCAUUCAACAUCUCCGACCUCUGACCUCACAAAUAUGCUUCAUGAAUAGACAAAAUUGUUGCCGUCCUGGCCACACCUUUGACAUUUGAAUGACAAAACAAAACCUUUGUCCAUAUAGUGCAAGGGUGUCCAAAGUGCAGCCCGGCGGCCUUUUGUGGCCUGCAGCUCAUUUUUUAUUGGUCAGUGGCAAAUUGUAAAAAUACAGUACAGGAGGGAAAAGAAGAGGAAACGGUGUAAUAUGAGGAGGAAAUGUUGGCUCUAAUCCUUUUUUCAAUAACUUUUGAUUUUUGUUUUUAUUUUUGUCUAAUUUAACUUUUCGGCAGAUUUAAUUGGUUUUAGCCUUUUUUUUUUUCUUUUUUUUUUUAUAAAAGGCAAAAUAUCCAAAUUGCACUGACAUUCCUUGAUUUUUCAGUAUGCGGCCCUGAGUGGAAAAAGAUACACACUCGUAUAGACACUGUGGAGCUGGUGACCAACAAGAAACACAUCCUUGCACAGGCAUACUGACAUAAACCUCCAUAUCCAUCCAUUUCUUUUCUAUGCUGCUUAUCCUCAUUAGGGUCGCGGGAGUAUGCUGGAGCCUAUCCCAGCUGACUUCGGGUGAGAGGCAGGGUACAACCUGGACUGGUCACCAGCCAGUUGGCCACUCUAAAUUGUCCAUAGGUAUGAAUGUGAGUGUGAAUGGUUGUUUGUCUAUAUGUGCCCUGCCACCGGCUGGCGACCAGCCCAGGGUGUACCCCGCCUCUCGCC